CUCCUCAUCUCUCCCUGGCCCAACCGACGAUUUUCACGAAAACAUUAACCGCAGAGUGCGUAGCGGUGCAAACGAGAGGGUGUUACGACAAACAGGAUCAGACAUUAUGGAUUUAACUGUACGGCAACCGUGUUGGUGGCGUUUGUAAAGUUGUUAAACGGUCCUUGGGCCUUAACAGAGACUAGAUGUGUGAAAUAGGUUGAACUGCGAUGAUUGCGGUAUCACUUGUUUGAUAGAAAGACACGGGAGAGAGAGAGAGAGAGAGGGAGAGAGAGAGAGAGAGAGGGGCCAAAGUGGACUCCCUCCCUCGGUAGAGCCAUUCCGGUAGAUGGAGGCUGACGGGACCUUUGCAACGAGCUGGGGGCCCGGAAUGUCACCUGUGAAACGUCGACACUUUAUUAGGGGACACAAGAAUUAAGGAGAACACAGAGUACACCUGUGUGCGCUUUCGACGACUUAUUUGACAACUAUAGCCUGCAAUAACAAAAGUUAGCAGGUAAACGUUAGCUGCGGGAGGCGACCCCUCCUGCAAGAUGUCCAUCAUAGACGUCACUUAACGAGAGGUUAUUCACUGCCUCAGGUAACCCAGGACAGGUGAAGUGCGAACCACAGCCUGCUUAAUGGACUUCACACGGCUUUCAUCGAAUGGGUUUGUUAUAGAAAGUUGUCUUUUUCAUAUCUAACCGCCAACCAUUUUUGGCUGCGAGAAUUGAGCGAUUUUGGAAGAAGCGACUUGUUGGAAAAUUUUCUCAGUGUUUCCGUCUACACCAGCAAUGUCACUCAAAGACAAUCCCUGUCGGAAAUUUCAAGCCAACAUUUUCAACAAAAGUAAAUGCCAGAACUGCUUUAGGCCUAGAGAAUCACAUUUGCUGAACGACGAAGACUUAAACCAGGCAAAACCUGUAUAUGGAGGAUGGUUGCUCCUUGCACCGGAGGGAACCAAUUUUGACAAUCCCUUACACAGAUCUCGGAAAUGGCAAAGGAGGUUCUUCAUCCUUCAUGAGCAUGGUUUACUUCGCUAUGCUCUGGAUGAAAUGCCCAGCACUCUACCCCAGGGUACGAUCAAUAUGAACCAGUGCUCUGACGUCAUCGACGGAGAGUCCAGGACAGGUCAGAAGAACUCGCUGUGCAUCUUGACCCCUGAAAAAGAGCACUUCAUACGGGCUGAGUGUAAAGAAAUCAUCAACGGGUGGCAGGAGGCUCUGACUGUAUACCCAAGAACCAACAGGCAGAACCAGAAGAAAAAACGCAAGGUCGAUCCACCCACUCACCAGGAGCCAGGCCCUGCCAAGGUGACGGUGACCAGUGGGGGCAGCAUCCCCUGCCUACCCAGCAGUAUUGCCAGUGCAGAGCGUGUCCCGAUGAGCCGUGCCACUCUGUGGCAAGAGGAGAGCCGCUGGAGCAGGGCUACCAUCCCGUGCAGCCGCAGCACCUCCUGCCUCAGCCAGCUGAGCCAGAGCCAGCCAGACUCCAAUAUCACUACUCAAGAUGAUGGCAGCACUGUGAGCACUGGACGCAAGAUACGAGUGGAGAGUGGUUACUUUUCCCUGGAGAAGACCAAGUCAGAACCUUCUCCACAGUCUACUCAGCAUUCCCAGCCACCCCAGCAUCUGCCCCUGUCCUCUUCAGCCUUGUCCUUAUCAUCAGGAGUGCAAAAUCCCAGGUACAACUCUGAGUCAGAACCCCAAGCUUCCCUUUAUCAGUCCUCCCAAGAUCCUCUUCCUUCUCCAGGUGCACUUAUUUCCCCCAGCUACUCCACUAUCAGCUCCUCCCAGAGCUCGCUGGACUCUGAACCCAGCAGCACAACGCCCACCUGGGAGGGACACAGUGUGGGUGGAGGGUCCACUGCUAGUGUCCCUGGAAGAGGCAGAGUGGGCCGUGCUGGCAGGGAGUAUGUAGUGCUGUCAGAUGUGCCACGGGCUCGCAGGCUAAGUUACCGAGAAGCAUUUCGCUCUGAGAAAAAGUGUCAAGAGCUGAGGACACGGACACGGAGUCCUGGCAGAGAGGAGGUGGCUCGGCUGUUUGGAGAGGAGCGCAGGCGCUCUCAAAUCAUCGGCCGGUUUGAAGAGGGUCAACAUGUAGAGCGUAUGGACACAAGCAGCUCCACUGAGCCCUCUUCUACCACCAUGCUAAUCCCGAGACAAGGCCGCAGCGAGAGACGCUACCUAGCUAACAAACAUGAGAUGUCACUGGAUGCAGGAAAGGACCGCUUCGUCCAUGAUGUUUCUAGCUCUGCUUUUGCCAACUUAAGAAGAGCCAAGUCACUGGACCGCAGAGGCAGCGAGUCCUCAAUGACUCCAGAUCUGCUGAACUUCAAAAAAGGAUGGAUGACCAAGCUGUAUGAAGAUGGAAUGUGGAAAAAACACUGGUUUGUACUGACAGACCAGAGUCUGAGGUACUACAAGGACUCCAUAGCUGAGGAGGAAUCAGAACUGGAUGGUGAGAUUGACCUUUCCACAUGCUAUGAUGUCAAAGAAUACCCAGUCCAGAGAAAUUAUGGCUUCCAAAUCCUGUGUAAAGAGGGAGCAUGCACGCUGUCAGCCAUGACGUCUGGAAUCCGACGCAACUGGAUUCAGGCUAUUAUGAAGAAUGUGCGACCCACUAUUGCCCCCGAUGUCACCCGGAAAAGCAUCUCUCUGAAACUAUCCGUUCUGAAACCCAGAUCUCUCACUGAUGAAAAGCUAAAUACCCAAGUGGUGUUGGAGCCAUGUCUACACACCACCCCUGAGCCAAGGCCCAACUCUGAGGGUCCAAAGUCUGAUGUCCACAGACAACCAGCUAGCAACAAUGCCUCUGUCCCUCCCUCUGAGCCCCGUAAAAGCAGAGUUCGUGAGCGCAGACGAGAGGGCCGCUCUAAGACUUUUGACUGGUCUGAGUUUAAAACCGAGCAAACAGAAAAGCCUCUGAAGGAACGAGCAGACACGGUUGACCUCAACUCUUCAUUCUCCACAACCUCCUCAUACUGCUCACCUUCCUCUUCACCUUCCUCAUUAGCAUCCUCUCCUGUCUCUACCUCCUCCCUCCAGACCUCCUUGAUAUCAGGUGCUAACCCAACCUCUAUGACAGAGGAAGCAGAAAAGGAAAAUGUUAAGAGGGGUAUCCCUCCGCACAACACAAGUGGAACCCACAUGCCAAAUACAGUUACUAUUACCAUGAAUUCCACAUUAAACACCACAUCACCUGUACAACUGUCAAUACCUGAACGUCAAGGAAAGAUGGAAGUAGACAACCCUACAGCCAUGCAUCCUGUUGGUGGAGAUAAGGACAACAGAACCACAGAUGUCCAGGAAGAAAUUGAGCAGCGAUGGCAGCAGGUGGAGACAAUACCAUUGAGGGAAGAGAAGCAAGUGCCCAUCACCACAGCUUUAGUAAAUUCUGGUAGCUCUGACAGAUUGCCUGCACAUGAACUUGCUGCGCUGCUAGACAAAGAGCUGGGACAGAAGCAGAAGGAGCUGGACCAACUACAGGAGCAGAACAACCUUUUAAAAGAGCAGCUGGAAGAUGCACUGGGAAGAGAACAAAGUGCCAGAGAGGGCUAUAUACUGCAGAGUGCAACACCCCCUUCCUCUUCACCGCACAGAGCACCAUGGAAACACUUGCACAAGCUUAAUCAGGAUUUGCAGGGUGAAUUGGAAACCCAAAAGCGCAAGCAGGACCUUGCUCAGCAGCAGAUUCGGACACUAAAGAGAAGCUACACUGAAGCCCAGGAUGCUGUAGACCGCCAUGAGGCUGAUAUUCAGGCACUGCGGGCUAAACUUGCAUCUGCAAUGGCUGAAAUCUUAGCUAGUGAGCAGGCUGUCACCCGAAUGCGCAAUGAGCUCAAACUAGAGCAGGAACGUUCAAGAGAACAUGAGGAGGAACAUGGACGUAGUGAGGCCACCCUACGAGCCCAGCUAAAGGACAGUGAAGAUAGACUUCGUGAAGUAGAAGCCAGUCUCUUAGAGAAGAACCAGGCUCUUAGGCACCUGGAGCACCAGCAAGCCCUACAACGAGACCACAUGAGAGAGAUACAGAGGUUGCAGGAGAGGUUGCAAGAAGUGACUGCUCGACUAAGUGCUACUGAAGAGGGCCAGGCACUGAAGGAGGAGCGCCUGAGGAGGGAGCAGCAUAGUAUGCAGGAGACUCAUGAGAGAGAAAGACAAAAUCUGUGUAGAAAAUUAGCUGAGGCUGAAUCUGCACGGAAAGAGGUGGAUGAAAGGCUGCGGGAAGCUGAGCAGCAGGUAGAGGCACUGUUAAGAGGGAGGCAAGCCUCAGGAGGAAAAGAGUGCAAGGAGGAAAUGCAGAAGUUGCAAGAGGAGCUGGCUCAGAAGACUGACAUGGUUGAGUCACUAAGGGAGAGUGUGCAUAGGCUGGAAGAAGAGAAAAGCCACCUCACUUGUCGCUGUCAGGAGCUUCUUAACCAGAUUGCAGAAGCAGACUGUGAGGUGAAUAAGCUCCGCAAUCGUCUGGAAACUGAGGAGGCUGAUUACUACACCUUGGAACACUCAUAUGAAAGGGCUACCCACGAAUUUCAGAAAAUGAACCAGUUCCUCCGAGAAAAAGAGGAGGAAAUCCGGCAGACUAAGGAGAUGUAUGAGAGGCUGGUGGAGCGCAAGGAGGACGACCUUAAAGAGGUGCUUAUUAAACUGACAGUGCUUGGCAACAGUUUGGAGGAAACAGAACAGAAGUUGCAAGCUAAGGAGGAGCUUCUUUGUCAAAUGACUCAAAGCCUCUUGGAUAAGGUUGAGCCCUGUAGUGCUGAAAAGGAUCUGCAAGCCAAGCUUGUGGUUGCAGAGGAUCGUAUUGCAGCAUUAGAGCAGCAUCUCAAUGCCCUUCAGCUGGGCUAUGCUGACUUACGCAUGGAAAGGCAGCAAAUUCCAGAAGAGCGCAAGAAGGGAAGGGUUGAAACGCCACCCUCCUCAUCACCAAACACGGAGCUCUCACUUUCCCUUGACAAUGCAUCCAAGAUGGCGAAAUCCUCAGAUGAUAAGGAGUCUCAAGCUAAGAGACCAAGGAUACGUUUCUCCAGUAUUCAGUGCCAAAAAUACAUCAGCUUAGAGGACCUGGACACAGCCCAUGUGAGCAGUACCUUUGUAGACACAAGACAUACAGAUAACCAAGAUACAAAUGAUGACAUUCAUGUAACUGAAGGAACUAUCUCCCCAGAUAUCGCAUUCCAACACACUAGUGACCCAGAGAAGUUUAUCUCCAUCAUACAUGCCCUAGAGACUAAACUGCUAGCCACUGAGGAUAAGCUAAGGAACCUUACACAGAAUCUAGAAGAGCAACCAUCCACCCAGGCAGAAGAACUGUCUAAGAUCAAUGUAAAAAUGACAGAAAAAAACCCUUUCCCAGAAAAAGCCUUUAGUUGUGGAAGUGGGAUACAGAGUGCUGCUAAUAAGCAUUAUUCCGAGGCCCUGGUUUGCAUCGAAGAUAGUCGAGAGACGGUCAGGGCUAUUCUCAGUGGCUCUCAUGACGCCUCAGGUUCACAACUGCAUUUGCUGUCAGACAUAGAGAACAAUUUGUUCAGUGCAUCACUGCACAUCCGACAAGGACAAAAAGUGUUGGAACAGCAACCACUAGCUGUACAUAAAAAUCAAGCACCAGAACUUCUAGAUAAAGAAGCUCUGCAUCUCUUUGCUAAAACUUUGUCUUUUGAGGCAGUAGUUUUGAACAAGAUGGCUUUGUUGAUACAGACUUCAAAGCCUGACCUCUUACAAGCUCUGAUGGAGAUAUGGAAAGACAUAGAGAAUAUUAAAAGGAGUGAUAAAGAUUGCCUGGCUAUCGUCUAUGCUGAUGUCUUGACCAGGAAGUUGAUGUUAGAGAGUGCAUUCUGGAACGAUGUGGAAAAAGCUGAGACAGAUGUUGCCAAAUCUAAAGAGGGCAGUGUGUCAGCUGAUGUAGAUGUGGAUGCCACAGCUAUCUUUAACACCAUCAUAAAAGCAGAACUAGCCUACUCAAUUCAAAACCUUAAACUUGACUAUGAGCAGAAAUUUGAAAUAUUGAAAAGGGAGUUGACUGAGGCUUAUAAUAAGUUGCAUCAAAGAGAAAUGGCUCUGAAAGCAAUUAUUGAAGCUUAUGAAACACCUGGUUUGAAAAAUGUUAUAAAAGAAGUCAAAAAUGACUUUAAGGUUAGUAAACAAGAGUUAGCUGACAUUCACCCCCCUGAACUUGCUCCCUACAUGGAGCAGAUUGAAAUAGAAGUGGCUAGAGACUUGGCUGAGGAAACUGUAGACAGGAUCUUGGCUGGAGAAACGCCCCCAUAUAGUGGUGACCCUAUUCAAUCACUGCAAAAUACACAUGACAACCUGGCUAAUGAGCUUCAGAGACAAGCAGCAGUCCUGCAUAAGUAUGCUGAAGAGAUAGAAAGCGGUGGCAGCCAUCCUGGGCUGGCUAAAAUGGUCCAUGCUCUUUUAGGACACCAAACCUCACAUAAUUUCACAAGUACAUCUCUUUGUAUGCGUGAAGCCCUUAUCCAAGCUCAAGUGGCCUAUGUGGCAUGCCGGUUGAAGGCCAUGCAUGAGCAAGACUUGGGCUGGUGUCGACAGACAGGUCAGAACAUGGAAGCUCUUGUGCAGCAGCAUGCCCGCAAUGUCACUGCAAUCCAGGAGAAAUAUGAAGUAUCCUUACAGGAGGAGCGCCUGAACUUCACACAGACAGUGGCCAGUCUCCAGAAGGAGAACCAAACGCUAAAGAGUGAGAUCAGCGAACGUGUGACCCAGCUCUCCCAGCAGCAGGAGCAACUUGCCCUUCUGGAGGAACAUUACCAAAAGAAGACUGAAGAGCUCAAGCAGAGGCACAAGAAAGAGCUAAGCCAAGCAGAGCACGGCCAUGCUUCAAUGGAACUGGCCCUCACGGAGACAACAGCUGACAGCCAACGAAAGUUAGAGGUUCUACUGGUGGACAUGGACACCAUGGAGGAGCGGCACGAGAGUCAUGUGAAGAAACUGGAGGAGCAAUUUGAAGAGAGGAUCUGUGAGCUCCAGCACAUUCACAAAGAGGAGAUUGAAAAGUUACAUUGUCGGUAUGUAGAAAAUGUUCAGCGUGUUAAAGAUGACCAGCAGGACAAAAAGGUCCCGGAGGUUUCACACUCUGCACCUUGUGAUGAGGCAACAAUACCAAUGGAAGAGGAGGAGCAGGGAAAGUGGCAUGCACAAAACAUGUCUGAGGUGGAUUCCAUGGUGCUUCUGAAAGACCGAAUUCAGGAGCUGGAGACUCAAAUGAACACCAUGAGAGAUGAACUGGAGAACAAGCACCUCGAAGGAGAUGUGGCCAGCCUAAGACAGAAAUACCAGAGAGACUUUGAGAGUCUUAAGGCCACAUGUGAACGUGGCUUUGCUGCAAUGGAAGAAACACACCAGAAGGUGAUAGAAGACCUUCAGAGGCAGCAUCAGAGGGAGAUUUCCAAACUUAUGGAGGAGCGAGAGAGGUUACUAGCUGAAGAAACUGCUGCCACAAUUGCUGCUAUUGAAGCUAUGAAAAAUGCACACAAGGAGGAACUAGAGAAGACCCAGCGCUCCCAGCUCAGCGGACUGAACUCUGACAUUGAUGAACUUCGCUUGGAAUACGAGGAGGAGCUGCAGUCCAUCCAGAGGGAGCUGGAGGUGUUGUCGGAGCAGUACUCUCAGAAAUGUCUGGAGAAUGCUCAUCUGGCCCAAGCACUGGAGGCAGAGAGGCAGGCCCUCAGGCAGUGUCAGCGAGAGAACCAGGAGCUCAAUGCUCACAACCAGGAAUUAAAUAACCGACUGACUACAGAGAUCACUCGGAUGCGCUCCUGCUUCAGCGGAGAAACUGCACUGUCACCACUUACCCAAGGAAAAGAUGCGUAUGAACUGGAGGUGUUGUUACGAAUUAAGGAGUCAGAGAUCCAGUACCUUAAACAGGAAAUCCACUCUUUGAAAGAUGAACUGCAGUCUGCUCUAAGGGACAAGAAAUAUGCUACAGACAAAUAUAAGGACAUCUACACCGAGCUCAGCAUUGUGAAGGCAAAGGCUGACUGUGACAUCAGCAAACUGAAGGAGAAACUGCUCAUUGCCACAGAAGCUUUGGGUGAGAAGACUGUUGAUGGAACAGUCACAUCUGGAUAUGAUAUUAUGAAAUCAAAAAGUAAUCCAGAUUUCAUGAAAAAAGAACAGUCACCAACCUCCAAGCAAUUGAGAGGCGCAAGGUCGAAGAGCCUGAAAGAGGGACUAACUGUGCAGGAACGCAUGAAGCUUUUUGAGGCAAAAGAUUCCAAAAAGAUUUGAUCAACGAUCUGAAGUUCCCUUUCUCUUUCCUGGCCUCAGUUUUUGGUCCGAUUGCUAUGGCGGUGCCAGCAUCAGCUGAAGCCUCUUAGGAAACGGAAAGACUUUAUAAAGGUCAGUUCUACACCUGGACCUGCUGCUUCCAUGCCUCUAAUAAGUGGUCAUAUUUGUUUGAUUGUUCUUUUUUAAUUAAUGGAUACAUGUUUUACUGAAUCAAUCUUGUGUAAGGUUUUAUAAAAAAAAAAUACAAAGGUUGGAGAUGUUGAAUAAGCUGUGAGAGGGGAUACAUGACAACAUUUUUAUUCAUCCUCCAAAAUGCCAAAACAGACAGCAAUACCUGGGAUGAAUAAUAUAUAUUUCCCAAAAUGAAUUAAGUAUCUGCUGUAUUGUAUUAUUGUUGGUUUCUUUAGCUAAUAAUUUUAUUGUUCUUAAUGUUGCACCAGUGCUGUUGUACAUAACUACUGGAUAUAUGUAAACGUAUGGUUUGCUAUUGAUUGUUGGGGCAUCUGCUGUACUAUAACUAUGGUUUGAUUGAUAAUGGAAAACAAUGUGAUGCUUAAGUGGCUUAUGUAUGAGAGUUUUGUCCAAACUGAGUGUCUGUGUUAGGGAAACAUGGUGGGAUUGCACUUAUCACUUGACUACUUGGGGAAGAUUUUUGAAAUUUGUCUGAUUGGUGUUGUGACCUAAAGUCAAUUUGUGCAGUGCAACCAAACAUCCUGACUUCUGGCAAAUUUAGUGAAGAACCAUGACUUGCUGAUGUUUUUUUAUAUAUUUUUUUUCUUUUUUUUUUGCCUAAAUUUGUUUGCUCAGUUUUAACUUUGGUGUGAAAAUAUCAUCUCAAAAACUAUUUAGGACUUUGCAUGACUGUACAGUAGAAUUUGAACUGCAGAAUGAUCAUGUUGCCUCACUUUCCUACUUUAUGCUUUAGUGUGGAACUUAACACUAAUAAGCUUUGCAAGUCCUACUGUUUAGGUGUUGAUAUUGAAAUGUUUUACUGUAAGCAGCAGUUAUCAAGCACUUGGCCCCAUCCCUGACCUCCUCACUGAAUAUCUAGUUGUGCCUCAACUGAGUGAAGAAUAUAAACAUCCAUGAAACUUGUGCAGCUAUGGAUACACACUGUAUAGUAUUCCAACCAUGCCUUGUAUAUAUAUAUAUAUAUAUAUGCCACACAGAGGAUUUCUGUGUUUUGUUUUAAACUUGUACCUUGCUCACUAGCUCUAUAUUGAAAUAUAUUUUUUAUUUUCAUUUGAAUGUAUAAUGUCAAAUAAAUGAAG